AUGAACUCUUCAUUUUUUCUUCAAAUAUUUCUUGUUGUAUUAUUCUCAUUUGUUUUUACUUCCAUUCAUGCUGGAACUUGGUUGUCUUUUAGUAAGUUUUUCGAUGAAUAACAAAUCAGAAAAAAAUAGGAGAAAGGAAGAAAGAAAAAAAGAAAAUAUGGGUGGCCUACAGUAACCUGAUCAUUCAGAUUGAAACAAUUUUAGGCCUCUAGGGCCUGAAAUUUAUUUAUGCUGAAAUAUUUUUCGCCUGAUAAAAAAUCUAAUUUUUAAAAUAGAUUCAGAAUUGAAAAAUUCCAUUGUGUACUUCUGAACUUUGAGCUCAGCAUCAGUUCCCUGAAAACAAGAAUCUCAAAAAAUUACAACUUCAAAAUGAUGUGACAAUAUAUUUUCUGUCUUUUCUUCCAAAUUCUAAAAGCUUCUGACAAAUUCUUCUACGAAAUAGUAAUAAGGAAGAAAAUAGGAAGAUCCUCAAAAAUAUAGAGAUAAUCCAAAUAAUCUACAUUUUUCGCUGGACGUCAAAAAUUGUGAUAUUUGGUUUUUCGAAAAACACAUUUUCAAAAAAGGCAGUUUCAGAAAAAAUAAAUCAACAAAUUUUCUAGGCUCAAAAAAAGUUUCUAAGGAAUUUUCAAAAAAAAAACAUUUCAGAUGAUUUCAAAGAGGAUGGCGAAGGUGGUCCGGUUCGAAGACUUGGUGAUGUAGUUACAUCUUGCAAAGAUACGGUAACUACUUUUUUCUUUCACAAAGCUUCAAAAAUCCAUUUUUCUAGCAAAAAAGAUUAGCAAAACGUGCCUAUUUGGGUGAACGAGUGACUCGAGCUGAACAAGAAAAUGAUGCGAUUUGUCGAAUUCUCAUGAGAAUGGUGAUUUUUAGGCAUAGUUAUUAUAAUAUUUGGUCUUAUUUUACUUCUUAAUUUCAUAUCGAUUUUGUAUUUGUUUCAGGGGCGACGAUAA